CCAUUCGAAUUAUUGUCGAUGGCUUCGCCUUUGCUUAGAGUUCUCUUCUCGGUUUAAUUCAAUUUUCGUAUUCUUUACUUGUGAUUGUGAAAUGUGCAAUUAAAAGUGUUUUUGUAAUAAAUAAUUUUUAUCUAUUUAUAAUAUAUUCUAAUUAUUCACUAUGUCUGCGGAUAACAUUGAAAAAUUGUAUCAAAAUUACGGCAUUUUAGCUGACGCUAAGGAUGACAUUUCAAAGCACGAAAAGGAAUAUUUAGAAAUAUUGGCUGCUGUAAAAGGAUCAGAUAAAGAGAAACGACUGGCGUCUCAAUUCAUUGCAAAAUUUUUUAGCAGCUUUCCUAACCUUGCUGAACAAGCCAUUGAAGCUCAAUUUGAUUUGUGCGAGGAUGAUGAUGUUGCCAUCCGAAAACAAGCUAUCAAAGAUUUACCAUCCCUUUGUAAAGAUAACAAGGAACACACACAACGAAUUGCUGAUAUCUUAGCACAACUACUACAAUCCGAUGAUGCAACUGAAAUUAAUGUAGUUACAAAUGCAUUACUGGCAAUAUUAAAAAGUGAUCCCAAAGGAUCAUUAGUUGGUCUGUUUUCUCAAAUUCAUCAGAGUACAGAUAGUGAAGUGACUAAUGAAGUAGUGAGAGAAAGAUGUAUAAAGUUCUUGGCAACAAAAGUAAAGCAGUUAGGAAGAGAGGUCAUCAAUAAAGAAGCUGAAGACUUGAUCAUUACAGAAUGCAAAAAGAUUUUGGAAGAUGUUGUUGCAGAAGAAUUUGAACAUAUCAUGGAGUUGUUGACAUGGUCUAGACUUGGAAAAACCCCGGCAGGGAAGAAAGAACUAGUGCAACUUAUAGCUGCUCUUGCAUUGUCUCCUGACGAUUGGCACCCAGAGGACCCUGAGAAUGUUGAUAGGAUUAUACAAUGUACGCAGCAUGCUUUACCAUUAUUUUCUACACUAGUGGAUUCUACACAGUUUGUUAGCUUCUUUUGUGAACAUGUGCUUACAUCCUGGAAGGAAAUUGCUUCACCUGAUGGUGGAUCUGAUUCUAAAUUGGAACUUCUAAAAAUAUUUGCUGAAAUUACAGAGUAUUGUGGAGAAAUACAAAAUGUACAGGAUAAAAUUAAUGCUGUUUAUGAUUUAUUAAUGAAUUACUUGCCAGAGGCACCAGUGGAAAGUGAACCAAAUUCUGAAAAUAAAGAAAAAACUGAUACCACUACUGAAGACAGCAAAUCUCUUCCAUCACUCCAAUUUUCUCAUGUAGAAUGUGCUUUAUUUGCUCUUCACUCCUUGUGUCGUAAAGCACCAGAUGCUAUUACUGCAGAUGCUGCAAGAUUGAAAGACUUACGUUUACGGCUGCAAUACACAGCACGACUCACACAAGGAUAUAUUAAAAAACUAAAGGAAGUAACGCAGAGUAAAAAAGCAGAUGACGCUAAUUCAGAAGAAAAUAAAUUGAAAAUUGCAGCAUUGAAAACAACCUCCAAUAUCAACACUCUUAUUCGGGAUAUAUUUCGCACACCACCGAGUUUUAAAAGCAGAGUGCAACUUUCAUUUCAAUCUAACAGAAAAAUUGACAAAGAGGAGAAACUUGCAGAUCAGAAAUCGGAGGACAAAAACCAGUCAUCUGCUGGCCAAAAGAGACAUCGACCAAUCACAUUUGAUAAUGGGGAUUCAAAAGGAUCUCCUGAGAAACGAUCACGCAGUGGUGACAGAAACUUAAAAAUGUACACACCACCUUCUGGCAAAUACAGCUCAAGAUUAAACAAUAGUGGCAGGUUCUCGGGACCCAACUCUGGGAGGGGUAGAGGGGGCGGAUAUGGUAGACGCGACUUCAGGAACAAUGGGGCACCAUAUAGAAGGCGUAGCAACUACUAAGCUAUAUUGACUAACAGUGAAGUGACUUAUGCUUAAUUUUUUAUAAUUAGAUAUUUUGAAAACAAUGUUCCAAGUGGAAUAUAUAGACAAGGUUGAUAAAGUUUUGAGAUAUACUUGCAUAUGGUACAUAAUUCCUUGUCUCAUUGCUCACGAUGUUCAGUGCAAAAGCUUAAUAUACAGUAUUAUAGAUAAUGCAGUUAUACAUGCAGAACUGUAAAUUAUCGAAGGCCAAGUAGAACAGUGACGUUAUAUUUCGCCAGGUUAUUUUGUAUUCUACUUUUUGCUGGGUCUUUGGAUAUUUAAUCAAUUUGGGUUAGAUCUUUCCUCGAAUUUCUAGCAAAAUACGAUGCUACCGGUUCUGCUUUCCAGACCAUGUGCAGUUCGCAUAAGAGUAAGUAUAUUGUAAAUUUCACUUUAUUUAUAAUACUCUAGUUACGAAGCAAGGCGAACAGAUCUAGCCAGUUUCUCAACAAUUAUUGAUUUUGUAAGUAUACCUAAACUACUAAAAUUAUUACAAAAAUAAAGGACAACUUGAGCACCACGUGGAAUUCCAUGUAAGUAAAAUUUACCUGUAAAAUUUAUUAGAUUAGAUGAGGUGCCUAUACAUUUUGUAACACGUAGUAAUUAGUGUAUCCAGCACCAUGUAAUUUUGAAAAGGUAAGUAAUUAGAAAGUUUUUUUGUUCGUGGUUCUUGUUUCAGGUUUAGUUCUUAUGCCUUUGUCAAGAUGAAAUCAUCAGGAUUACAUAAUGCAGGAACUGAAGUUUUACUUCCUAAUAAAUGAUUUUCGUGAAAA